AUGAAUUCCGUCCGCUAUAAUCUUGCUGAAGUCAUUGAAUUGGUUGAGCUGCGGGAAAUGAAGCGCGAUAUUGGAACGAUACUGGAUGAUCUCGAGCAAUGGCCGCUCCCUGCACGCGGUAUCGAUCUCCUCCAAUUCUUCAACAUCAUCCAGUCUCAGUCGGAGAAGAUGAACGUGCACGGCAUUGGCUAUCCUGUCGACUAUCCUUAUGACAUUCCCUCGUACCUGCCUGGGUUCUGGAUGCGAAUGCGCGGCUACAUGACUGAAUUUACAAGUCGGAUCCCCCAUCUGAGGCUCCUGUCGAAACCUGAUUCACACCCCUCAAGCGCCAUGGAUGACCUUGAGCACUUACUUCAAAUAACAAUCCCGCCUAUGGAUGACAAAUCGCGCAACCAAAGAGAAGCAGAUUCGCAACCCGAGAUACUUUUCGAAACGAAUAAUGGGUUACGGAGCUAG